AUGAAGUACGUGGUGGUGACCGGCGGCGUGGUGAGCGGGCUGGGCAAGGGCGUCACCGCCAGCAGCAUCGGCGCCGUGCUCAAGGCCUGCGGCCUCCGCGUCACCACCAUCAAGAUCGAUCCAUACCUCAACACCGACGCUGGCACAAUGUCUCCGAUCGAGCACGGCGAGGUCUACGUUUUGGAAGACGGUGGAGAGGUGGACUUGGACCUUGGGAACUAUGAACGUUUUCUGGACAUCAAAUUGACCCGUGACCACAAUAUAACCACAGGAAAGGUCUAUCAGGCUGUCAUUGACAAAGAAAGGAGAGGUGACUACUUGGGGAAAACCGUCCAGGUUGUGCCACAUAUCACAGAUGAAAUUCAGGAUUGGAUCGAACGCGUGGCGAUAAAGCCGGUCGACGGUAAAGAAGGGCCUCCUGAUGUUUGUGUAAUAGAGCUCGGUGGCACUAUAGGGGAUAUUGAAUCAAUGCCUUUUAUUGAAGCAUUAGGUCAAUUUUCAUACCGUGUCGGACCUGGAAACUUCUGCCUGGUCCACGUCAGCCUUGUUCCGGUACUAAAUGUAGUUGGUGAACAGAAAACUAAGCCUACCCAACAUAGUGUUCGUGGCCUAAGGGGACUUGGGUUGGCACCUGACAUUUUGGCAUGCCGCAGUACCGAGCCACUGGAGGAACAUGUGACAACCAAGCUCUCACAAUUCUGCAAUGUGCCAAUCCCAAAUAUUGUGAACCUCCAUGACGUUACAAACAUUUGGCAUAUCCCCUUGUUGCUAAGGGACCAGAAGGCACAUGAAGCCAUUCUGAAAGUUUUAGAUCUUCAGCUUGUUGGCAAAGUACAUCGAGAACCUAAGUUGUCUGAAUGGACCGAAAGAGCCAGCAAGUUUGACAAACUGAAAACUCCGGUUAAGAUCGCCAUGGUUGGAAAAUAUACCGGCCUGUCGGAUUCUUAUCUAUCUGUUUUAAAGGCUCUCUUGCACGCAUCAGUUGCUAUGGAAAGGAAACUUGUACUGGAGUGGGUUCCUUCCUGUGAUCUUGAAGAUUCUGCAGCCAAAGAGACCCCUGAAGCCCAUCAGAAAGCAUGGAGACUACUGAAGGGUGCGGACGGUGUGCUUGUUCCUGGAGGCUUCGGAGAUAGAGGAGUUGAGGGCAAAAUUCUCGCUGCGACAUAUGCACGGGAGAAGAAUGUUCCUUAUCUUGGCAUUUGCUUGGGUAUGCAAGUCGCUGUGAUCGAGUUUGCCCGUUCGGUUAUGAAACUAGAUGGCGCAAAUAGCACAGAGUUUGACCCGGCCACAGCAUCACCCUGUGUCAUCUUCAUGCCAGAGGGCUCCAAAACCCAAAUGGGGGCGACGAUGCGCCUUGGAUCAAGGAGGACGCAUUUCCUAGCCAAUAACUGCAAAUCCGCAAAGCUGUAUGGCAAUGCUACCUCCAUCGAUGAAAGACAUCGACAUAGAUAUGAGGUGAACCCUGAAAUGGUUCCAUUGCUUGAGAAGGCGGGUCUUUCAUUUGUUGGCAAGGAUGAAAGUGGAAGACGCAUGGAGAUCAUUGAGCUGCCGAAUCAUGUGUUCUUCAUCGGUGCACAAUUCCAUCCUGAAUUCAAGUCAAGACCAGGAAAGCCAUCUCCGCUUUUCUUAGGGUUAAUAGCGGCAGCAUCCGGACAACUAGACCUGCUGCUCAAGCGCAGCUGCGGCGUCAUCAGUUCGAAACCGACACCACCCAGAUAUAGCACCAACGGCACCGGCACUGCGGUCCUGGCCAUAAAACCUUACCUCAACGGGCACGCGAAGAAGGCACUCACCAGUUUGGUGAACGGAUGCUACGCGAAUGGCAACGGCAUCCACAUCUAA